AACCGCAUACACAACUAGUCAACUAAAUCUACUUAAACCACAAUCAUUUAACCAGAUUAGUAAAUCCAAACACCAUAUACACAACCAGUCCAGUUAAAUACACUUGAACCACAUACUUUUACAAUUAUGACCCCGAUCAAAAUACCCGUGAACGAACAAGAACCGAACACGUUAAGUUAAUCAAUUAUGACCCCGAUCAAUUUAACCAACGAACCGAACAAGAACCAGAACCGAACAAGUAGUUGGAGUAAUAAGUAAAUAUGUAAAAGAAAAUCUCAAGUAUCCCAAUCAAUAAACUUAAAGGGUCGAAACUAAAACAUCUGUCUUCUCCACUCAUACUGUUUCCUUUUCCCCUUUCGAACAAUUCUCUUCUUCAUUUCAUUUCCUCUCAAAUUUCUUCAUCCUCCAAUCAUAUUAUCUAAAAACCUCCCCUGUUUCUCCUAAUUGGUUCUUUCUCUGUUGCCCCAAUUCUUCAAUUACGAAGAAAACCCACUUUUCAAGCUCAAAAUCAGAGCAAUAGCAAACCAAUAUGCGGAUCACACCCACUUUCCCACUCCGAUUAUCUCCAAAUCGGGUCACAAAACACUUCGAUUGAGUUUAUUUGGUUCAAAAUGGGUGAAAGAUCGAGGGAUUUGUUGCAGAGAUUCACCGGGUCAAAAGAUCCGAGAGGAUCCGACCCGGAAGAGGAUCUGGAGCUGAAUCUCGGGUUAUCGUUAGGUGGAAGAUUUGGUGUGGAUAAGAGUAAGUUAGUAAGAUCAUCUUCAAUUGCUGCAAUCUUACCUGUUGUUAAAGACGACGACGACGACGUUUUGAACAAUAAUAAGUUGAAAACGGGUCAUGAUGGAUCUUAUUCGGGUUUGGUCAGAACGGCGUCGUUGCCGGUGGAGACGGAGGAGGAGUGGAGGAAGAGGAAGGAGCUUCAGAGUUUGAGGAGGUUGGCUGCCAAACGACGUCGUUCGGAGAAACAAAAGAGUUUGACUAGGGUUGAAAGGGAGGAGUAUGUUGUAGCUAUGGGCCGGGUCGGCUCGUCCGUUGGGCCCUUGUUUGGAUCGGGUAAUUGGGAGUUUGGUGGGCCCGAGGGGACCGCCGUUGCCACGUCGGAUGGUAGCGGUGGCGGUGUCACUCCGCCAUCAUCGUUGCCCGGAUCGGUGGAUUCACAAGGAUCAGGAGCCGAAAGUGAAGCUAGCCCCUCGAGCAUACAGUCAAGCCAAGAACGAACGAAUCAGGAUGGCACGAGUUCAUCCCGGUCAAAAUCAGUGGACCCCACGGUCCAACCGUCAAGACCAAAAACCGAAAAGGCAGGCAAUAACAACAAAGGGAAAGAAAUCCGGUCAAAUGCAAUCGACAUGCCAUGUGUGUUCACGCAAGGGGACGGACCAAGUGGCAGGAGAAUUGAAGGGAUUCUUUAUAAAUAUGGGAAAGGCGAAGAAGUGAAAAUAAUGUGUGUUUGUCAUGGGAGUUUUCUUACACCGGCGGAGUUUGUGAGGCACGCCGGUGGGACAGAUGUCGUCCAUCCGUUGAAGCACAUAGUUGUAAACCCUAAUUCUUCUUCUUACUUGUAAUGGUGGCAGUGGUGGUGGUUGCAAUGGUGUGUGUGUGUUCUGUCAUCAUCCAUUUGAGAAAGUUUAAGAACUUAAACAUUAGCUCAUUUAAGAGAGGGAGGUUGACUAUUUUCUGGUCUUUCUUUUUGUUGGUUCUUUUUGGGAUGAAUAUGUUUAUCAAAUAUGCACUAUGCUUUGUAUUUAGUAAGGAUUUUAGAUGUCAUUUCUUUUCAUUCAA